AUGUCCAGUCAAGAAUUUCGAUGUAAAAACUGUAAAAAAGGGAAGGAAAAAUUAAAAGCUGAAAUAUUUGAAAGGGAUAUAAUAAACUACAUCUAUGAAAUAAUCAAACAAAAUUCAAAACGUAAUGUUAAUGCCUCCGAUAUUCAGUUGGGUCCAUCAAACGUUGGAUUGUCCUUUAAAUUUAUGCCAACAAAUAGUGUUUUGAUAUGUUGGAAGAUUAAUUGUGACAAAGAAUUGUUUGAACAUGAAGGUUUUAAAAAGUUAUUUGAAAUGUCCAGUCAAAAAUUAAUAAAUAAAUUUGAAGUCCCAGAUGACCAGUUAGACACAUUAAAAGAUAGAAUAACUUUUCGAUUCAUGGAAAUAAAUCCUUUUCGUUUGUCUUGGACGAUUACUUGUGAGAGAAAGGAGUUUUUGCACUGGAUUAUGGAAUCAAACUUUGACAGCAGAGAAGAUGUAUUAGAUUUCAUGAAAAGCUUAUACUGCAAGGAUCCAACAUCUCUCACUUAUAUAAGGUCUGAAGGGCGGUAUACUAAAGAAUAUGAAGAAAUUGGAUUACUUGGUGAAGGUGGUUUUGGAUCUGUCUAUAAAGCUUGUAAUAAAAAAGAUGGCAAAUAUUAUGCAAUUAAGAAAAUUUCCUUUCAUGAUUUUCCAGACUCUGCCUCAAAAAUUUUCAGGGAAGUCAAAGCUCUUUUUGAUUUGAAAAACGUCAUUUGUUCAGAAAAUAUUUCACCUUCCAGCUUUGCUGUAACUGAAACGAAUUAUCCUGUAGACUCUGAAUUAUCAGAUGGUGCCACAUCAGAAGAACAAAAUUUAACUGAAGAUACAUCAAAUGAAUUGAGAAAUAAGCAAAACCAGUUCACCUUAUUUAUUCAAAUGGAAUUAUGCAAAGAGACCUUAAAAGACUGGUUACAGAAAACAGAUUCAACAAAUUCCUCAAAAUCUGUACUUUCCUCAGUGUCCCACCACUUGACCCAACACCUUUUUUCCUUGUGGUCCCCACCACUUUUGCCACAAUGCUUCCCUUUUAAUUCCUUACAUCUGCCUGCCACAAGUGAAUUUUCCUCAGUGUCCCACCACUUGAUCCAAGAACCUUUUCCUUGUAGUCCCCAUCAUAUUUGCCACAAUUCUUUCCCUUUUAAUUCCUUACAUCUGCCUUCCCCCAUCACUUUUGUCACAAUUCUUUCCCCUUUUCAUUCCUUACAUCUGCCUGCCACAAGUGUAUUUUCCUCAGUGUCCCACCACUUGAUCCAAGAACCUUUUCCUUGUAGUCCCCAUCAUAUUUUGACACAAUUCUUUCCCUUUUUCAUUCCUUACAUCUGCCUGCCACAAUCCCUACCACUUUUGACACAAUGCUUCCCUUUUUCAUUCCUUACAUCUGCCUGCCACAAGUGCAUUUUCCUCAGUGUCCCACCACUUGAUCCAAGAACCUUUUUUCCUUGUAGUCCCCCAUCCACUUUUGACACAAUUCUUCCCCUUUUUCAUUCCUUACAUCUGCCUGCCACAAGUGCAUUUUCCUCAGUGUCCCACCAUUUGAUCCAAGAACCUUUUCCUUGUAGUCCCCAUCAUAUUUUGACACAAUUCUUUUCCCUUUUAAUUCCUUACAUCUGCCUGCCACAAGUGCAUUUUUCCUCAGUGUCCCACCACUUGAUCCAAGAACCUUUUUCCUUGUAG